AUGACCUUCAAGGGAUCUCGCAAGAAAGCGAAGCCCAGCCCCUCUGGCGCGGACUCACCGUUCCCCGCGUCUCCGAGCAAUGCUGCCCGAGACCGCUCAGACUCCGAAACCCAAAGCCGUGCAAGCUGGUACCCGGGAUCCUGGUCGGCCAUCUCGCGAGUGUCCAAAGCAGCUCCAGUUACCGAGGUUGCCCGUGAGAGCAUAUCGGUCGCUCAAAACGUAGCUUCCAGCGUUGUGGAUUCUACAACCUCCCUUCUCGACACGCCCAGACAAAAUCGGCAUCCGUCUAUUCAACUGACUAAGAGAGCUGGCACAUCUACCAGAUCUCUCCCAGCCGACGUUACAACCACCCGAGUCAAUAUUGCGUCGGAUGGUUCAGUCUCCAGAACAACCCUGGACGCCCCGGAGACAACUGCGGCUACAGAGCCUUCGCCAGAUAAAGAGACAUCAGGAGAAGGAGCCUUGAAACCUUUGGAGAAAUCGACGGAAGGGCACCAACCUAACGUUGAGAACGUUGAGUCCAAUCCACUGCAAACAGUCGAAGCGCCUGCUGAGCAGUCUAGCGGAUGGCUUUCAUGGCUAUAUAAAUCAGAUUCAACAGAAAAGGACAAUCCGACUGGUCCGGAAUCUACUGAAGCAGAACAACUUGUUAAAAACCAGCCUACCAAACAAGCUGAUUCCCAGCCAACCGCGACUGAAACCACCGGAGAAGAGGCACAACAAGAUCAGGGACAAGAGCAAACACCGGAACCCACAAGUGACACAAGUGAGACGAUUUCAACGGCUCAGAAACGGUCGUGGCUGCAGAUGUGGUACGGUUCAGCUUCCUUGAAUAAACAGGGGCAACAAGGUACAACGGGUUCGACUCAACAACUUCAGAGAAACCCCGAUACAUCUGUGGAUCAGGACGUGGAUAUGGCACCAAAGGACCCUUCAGGCCCUCCCGAAGAAACACCUGCUCCCCCUCAAAUCCCAGGAGGAGGAACAAAAUCCUCGGGAUGGUCCUUCUGGUCCAAAGACAAUUCCAAGGAUACUACUCCAGAGAAAGCCCAGGAAGUUGAAGCCGUCGAAGCGACAGUGACGUCGGAUACACCGUCGCGAACAACAUCACUUGAGCCAAAUUCAGAAGCCAACGUGAAAAUUACAAAGAAGGGAAAUCUGAAAGUCAAGCCAUCCAAAGAUAGCCAUGUGAAAGACGGAACCGUCUCAACCGUCGAAGCCACGUCAACCUCGACAGCACCAGUCGACACAAGACCGGCGGAUGCUACUGCGUCAAAGCAACUACAGAUGAUACUGCCUAAUCAAGUACUACCGAAAUUUGAAGACACAUAUGGAAUGGAGGAGUCCCCAUCGCUCCUGCAGAGUCUCGGCCGAUUGUUGCAUUACACUAAAGGCCCAGAGCAUAACCAUGUCGCUCGAAUCAAAGAACCGACGCGCAUCAAACGAGCCCUGGUCAUUGGCGUUCAUGGCUAUUUUCCUGCACCAUUUAUUCGAAGCGUGCUGGGACAGCCCACUGGAACAUCUAUUCGAUUCUCCAACAUGGCCGCUGAGGCUGUUCGAAAAUACACUGCAGAUCAUGGUUAUACCUGCGAGAUUGGCAAAAUUGCCCUGGAAGGCGAAGGCCGUAUUGCAGAGCGGGUCGACUUGCUUUGGAAGCUACUGCUGAACUGGAUGGAAGAAAUCCGCAGGGCCGAUUUCAUUCUGGUAGCGUGCCACAGUCAAGGUGUCCCGGUUUCUAUCAUGCUGGUUGCGAAGUUGAUUGCCUUUGGCUGCGUCAAUGCUUCGCGUGUGGGCGUCUGUGCCAUGGCCGGUGUGAAUAUGGGUCCUUUUUCUUCUUAUCGUUCCCGGUGGAUCAGCGGAUCGGCCGGAGAACUGUUUGAUUUCGAAUUACCUUUCAGCAAGGUCUCCAAGGACUAUGAGGCCGCACUGAAGUGUGCUCUUGAUUUCGGUGUGCGUAUAUCUUACGUUGGGAGCAUUGACGAUCAGCUCGUCUCUCUGGAGUCAUCCUUAUUUUCUACAAUUGCUCACCCCUACAUUUACCGUUCCGUUUUUGUAGAUGGGAGAGUCCACGCUCCAAGCUUCCUCUCCCACCUCGUUGGUUUUGCACUCAAGUUACGAAACCUCGGCGUCCCAGAUCACGGCCUCAUCCGUGAACUCAGCAGCCCAUUGGCUGGCAGUCUUUACACGGGAGAUGGUCAUUCUCGUCUGUACGACGACGAAGCUGUAUACUACAUGGCUAUUCAAUUUGCUCUGGAGACAUCUACCGUCCCAGAUGCGAAACUAAAUAUCAAACGAUCCAGCCCCGCCAUCUCCCCGAACCCAUACAUCCUGCCGUUCGCUAUGCGCGGUCUUCUAGAAGAGGAGCACGUGCGGCGUCAGCUGCAUGAAGAGACCAUGGAGCUCCUCCGCCAGUUCGACGACUGGAAGCCGUCGAGUAAGGUUUUGAAGGACGUCAAGUUUCGACUUGAGGGUAUCCGGUCAAAGCUGUAG